AUGACAGUGAAACAUUUAAAACACUAUGUUACUCUUGUUGCCAGUCUCCUUCCCUCUUCUUCCCUCCCUCCUAAGCUUUAAUGUUGUUUUGCUUAGCCAGUUUCUAUGUUGUUCUUUUAUUGUGUCAGGUUGGAAAAUGAUCCUUUUUAAUAAUUGCUCUGGAUAUGUUUGUGCUCAGAGCAAUGCUUCAUCAACAGCAGGAGUUCAGUGAGCAGAAGUGGUCUGGAUAGAAAUUGAUGCUCUUGGAUUAAUGUUCUCAGACUGUAAAAGAAAAUUCUGAUCUCUUAAACAAUAUCUGCAAGGAAUUGGCAUUUAACGUCAAUGUGAAUUAAGUAUUGACAACUGCAAAGAAAUUGCUAGGUCCAUAGGGUAUUCCUCCAUAGGGACAGGGAUUUGAUGGAAAAGUGUUCUUAGAUAUAAGUUGAUUUCCGUUUGUGAUUUGGAUAAAUACAUGUGCUGUGUUUUGGGUAUGAGGUAUUAUUUAUAUAAGCAUAUUUUAUUCUGUAUAAUUAUUGCCUGUCUUUGGUGCAUAUGUAAGAGCUUUUGCUCCUAUACAGCACGCUAGUCCAACAGCAGCAUGAAAAAUUCACCUUGGUUCCUGUCAGGAUCUGUUUCUUCUGCAGAAGUGAAUGAAUAAGUUUUGUUGUGCCUUCAGUCUGUCUUUGAUCUUUAUUCUUAAUCUUAAAAAUCUGGACAAUUUCUUAGGCCUGGUUGUAACUUCUGUUAAUUUUAUAACUUUUGUCACUCGGUACUAGGAAAGGGCAGAGUCAGGUAUGUUUUACUCUGGGCUUUGGUUUUGUUUUGUUUUUAUUACAGUAUUUGCAAGGUAGAGAUUUCCUAUUGUUGUGUCUGAACCUUUUCAAAUGUUAGCAAAUUCCAUUCUAUUUUUCUAGACAGUGAAGUUAGACCCAAAGAAAUGUCUGGCUUUACUGGCAGGGACUGUUUCCAGGGGGGUUGAUGGUGCAGCCAGCAGCCAGGAAAUGAGGAAUAAAUACCAGUAUGACUAGAGUCUGAGGAAGGGCUUCUGUGUUCCUACCAAGAGCUUGCUGGUGCAGAGGAGCAGUGCAAGGACAGCAGGGGCAUUUUGAGCUACCAUGGAUAUCCCCACUGAUUUGGUGCCCUCGUCCAUGAUGUCCCAGCCUGAGGUGAUUGAGUCCACAGCCAUGAGUGAACCACAGUGCUACUACAAUGAAACCAUUGCCUUCUUUUAUAACCGAAGUGGAAAAUAUCUAGCCACUGAAUGGAACACUGUCAGCAAGCUUGUAAUGGGACUGGGGAUUACUGUCUGCAUCUUCAUAAUGUUGGCCAACCUCUUGGUUAUGGUGGCUAUUUAUGUCAAUCGCCGAUUCCACUUUCCUAUUUAUUACUUAAUGGCCAACUUAGCUGCUGCGGACUUUUUUGCAGGGCUGGCCUACUUUUACUUAAUGUUCAACACAGGACCCAACACUAGAAGACUGACUGUAAGCACCUGGCUUCUCCGUCAGGGUCUCAUCGAUACCAGUCUGACGGCCUCUGUAGCCAAUUUGUUGGCCAUCGCCAUUGAGCGGCACAUUACAGUUUUCCGAAUGCAGCUACAUACUCGGAUGAGCAACCGCCGGGUGGUCGUUGUAAUCGUUGUUAUCUGGACUAUGGCCAUCGUCAUGGGUGCCAUACCAAGUGUCGGAUGGAACUGUAUUUGUGAUAUCACUCACUGCUCCAACAUGGCACCACUCUAUAGUGACUCCUACCUGGUCUUCUGGGCUAUUUUCAACCUGGUCACUUUUGUGGUCAUGGUGGUCCUAUACGCUCACAUCUUUGGGUACGUUCGCCAAAGGACUAUGAGAAUGUCCAGACACAGUUCUGGGCCCCGCAGGAAUCGGGACACCAUGAUGAGCCUCCUGAAGACUGUGGUCAUUGUGCUUGGUGCUUUCAUAAUCUGCUGGACCCCAGGAUUAGUCUUGCUGCUCCUCGAUGUUUGCUGUCCCCAGUGCAAUGUCCUGGCCUAUGAAAAAUUCUUCCUGCUCCUGGCAGAGUUCAACUCUGCCAUGAACCCCAUCAUCUACUCUUACCGGGACAAGGAGAUGAGUGCGACGUUCAAGCAGAUCCUCUGCUGCCAGCGCAGUGAGAGCACCAAUGGCCCCACCGAAGGCUCGGAUCGGUCGGCGUCCUCCCUCAACCACACCAUCCUGGCUGGCGUCCACAGCAAUGACCACUCCGUGGUGUGAAGCCACAGCCAGCCCUGUGACCCACAAAGAGCAGCAGGCGACGCAGUGGGGCGGGGCAGGUGCACGGGCCCGGGGAAGGUAACCCACUCACCUUUUCUCAAACACUAAUGGACUACAAGAGCAUCUUUUCCAGGGGCCCGACAUACCAGCGCAGACUGCCCUGCCCACACCAUUGGCCAUGCUGCAAAGACUUUGAAUUCUACUUUGAAAAAGUAGAACGUAGUUGCUUUGCAGAGAAGGUCAUCAAUAGCCCAUGGAAAGCCUGGCUGAGACUUUGUUGGACUUUGCUGCAUCUUGGUGCCAGUCUGAAUCAACUCUGAUUAAUUAAGCUUAUACCUGCUUCACUGCAUUUACAUGUAGCCACUUAGUAUUUUUUAAAAGGGAGUAAAGGGGAUAAAAAUAUGCCUAUCAUUUAAUAGACAUGUAAUAUCUAUCACCAUCAGCAUGCUUGUGAUGAACAUUUUCUGUGCAGGGAGUAAAACUGUGCUCUAGUCUUUGUAUCCUUAGCCACACUGUCAUAACUACAGUAAAAAGAAAAGUAUUUUUUUCUAACACAGGCAACAGGAAGAUGAGGGAAACUGACUCUUCUUACCUUCUUACUGGAGUUAGAGAAUGCAUGUUCUGUGUGUAUGCAGAUUGUUUUAAUUAUGAAAAAAAAAAAAAGCUCUUUGUAAAGUCUGCUGGAAAGUAGAAAAGCAUAGACUGUAUUCCAGUGUUUGUUUAGAUUAUGAAAUAAACAGUACUUUAGUCACAAUGUAUAUAAGGUUCUUCUUUGAAGUGCAGUAUGAAAUCUGAAACAUGUGAGGGGUACCAAGUUUUUUAUGGACAAGUUCUUAAAGUAGGACACAUCCCUAAGGCUCUAAAAGGGCUACAGUCAGGUUGGUAGAUUGCAAAAAUUGUAUUUAUGGCAUGUUCUUGGAAUGCUUUUCUCAUUCAUGGCAAAAAGCAUACGCAUUUUUAAUAGGGAAAAAAGGUAUGUAUUUAUGGAACCUUUCUUGUAAUAGAAAACAAAACACCUUCUGCAUUUUGCACUGAGAAGUAUUUGUAGGAUACCACUCAAAUGAUGCCCCCUUCAUUUCAAAAGCAGUGGGCUACUAAGAGCCAAGGUACAAUUUUAUGUUGUAAAGUCAACACUUUACAAGGUAGUCAUCCAUUGCAAAUGACUGGACCAUAUUACAGUUAAUAGCCACACAAGUACACUGUUAUAAAUACUUAAGCUAACAGGUGUUUUUUUUAAUAUGAGACUGUUAUGAAGAGAAAUGUCCCUCAUGUGAAUAUCAGUUGCCAAGAAUCACUGAUAUUAAACAAAACUCCUUAACAGGGAUAAACGUGAGCAAAGGUGGGAUCUUGCUGAUAAAAAACUUGGGACCUCUUCCUGGGAAACUGUGUGUUCUCCUAACAAUGUAAAAUAUAUCAACAGUAACCUCCGGGCGCUGUUUUCAUCAUUGUAAGUUGUCUCUAUAACUAAAAGAAGAAAACAAA